GUCAGCAACGGAGAGAGCGGUGGCGUCAGCAGUGGGGAGAGCAGCGGGGAGAGCGAAGACGUGAGGAGGCCGGGCCGGAAAGAGAGCAGCAGUGACGAGAGCGAUGACGUCAGCAGCGGCGAAAGCGGUGACGUCAGCGAUGAUGACCAGGAAGCCGCGAAAGGGAAGCGGGUCGAGCGGCUGACGGUAAGGCAGCAGGCGCUUAAGCGGAAGCGGGAAGAAAGAGAGCUUGGAACGGGGUGAGAAAGGAGGCCGAUGUUGGAGAAGAAAGGUCUCUCAUAAGCAGCCGGUCACUCAUGCGAUGACGUCAUUGAGCUGACAGCAAAGCUUGGGAGAAGUCCGGUUGCCAUGUUUACGGCCAGGAAGCGAGCGCUCGAGCGGAAAGUGAAUCGAAAGGAAAGAGACAGAAGAGGGAGAUGGAAGGGUGGGCCAGUCAGCUUACACAGAAGAAAGGGGCCUGGGCGUAUGUGAUGGCGUCGCUCAGGAGGUGCGAGAGCAGAGGUGGACCGUCGACGAAGGGGACGACGGAACCAAACGGACGGAAACAGGGAGGAGGAAACGAGGAGAGAACUCGGACCCGGGAACCCCUGCUGCCGCUGAUGCUGUUGAUGACGUGCCCGAAAAGCUGCCGGGGGCGUGCUCUUUUCUGCGGGGCCGAAGUGGGUCGGCCCGCUCUGGAAAGAGACGGGCGAGCCGAGGUAUCGUGUUAGCUGCGGGUUUUGAGAAAUUGUAAUCGUUUGUACUGGGGUUCAAAACGUUUACUGCCGCCUGAUUUCUUAGGACACGACGACAGUAGGAGAUGGUGUAGGAAUACAUUGUAAUUGGACACUGUGGGGCGAUAUGUUGUAGGAUCUGACACUUGGUUUAAA